AAUUUCACUCAAUUAAAAAAAAAUGGUACACUUUUUUUACUAAUUGUAUUCAAAUACAAAUAAUUAUUCAUAUGUACAAACACCUCUUACGUAGUAUAUUACUUACUCUAUGAAACACCUAUGUACGAGUGCUGAUAAGAUCACUAAGUUAUGAAAUAAUAAGUAUUAAAAACUUCAGUUCAAAAUAAAUCAAAUAACUAUCUCGAAAUGGUUGAUAUAAACAAAUAUCUCGAAAGUCAACUAGCACUGGCUAAACUAAGAUCUGAGUGUAAAUCUAAGAAAGAUGGUGUUUCUUUAAAAAGUAGAACUGCAGCUGAUCAUAUUUCGAAAAGACAGGUAAAAAAAUUUGCAAAAGUUUCUCAAAAAGAAAAAGUAGAUCAAAAGUCAAAGUUACCUCAACUGGAACUAAACAAAUCGGAUCUUAAAACAGAACCAGCUGUAAGUGCUUCUAUAGCAGAGAAUUCUGACGACGAUGAGGAUUAUGUGCCGUCGGAAGAUGAAGACGAAACUAUUCACUUAUGUCCUUUAAAAGUUUCAUCUCGCGCCAAAGAGUCCGUACAGAAGAUCAUUGAUGAUGGUGACACAAGUUUUUACAAUGAAAGGAUUAAGACUUGGCGGCACAAUUUGGCCAUGGCUUGUGCAGGAGAUAACAAGGUAGAACCUUUAUCAGCUGAUAUUCGGUAUAUACUCAACGGAAAUGAAGAUCCAGAAGAAAAUCACGAACUUCAGAAUGGUUACCUGGUGCCUAAUUAUAUUUGGAAACAGUUGUAUAAAUUUCAGAGAACUGGAGUGAAAUGGUUGUGGGAAUUACAUCAAGUGCAAUCUGGGGGUUUACUGGGAGACGAAAUGGGGUUAGGCAAAACUAUACAAAUAAUAGCAUUUUUAACAGGACUCUCAAAAACGAAUUCAGGUAGUUGGGAUGGCCUUGGACCCAGUAUAAUUGUAGCACCGGCAACAGUUAUUUAUCAAUGGGUUUCGCAUUUUCACUACUGGUGUCCCCAUUUACGAGUAGCUGUGCUUCACCACACGGGUUCACACAGUGGAAAUCACAACAAACUUGUUAGGGAUAUAUAUGCUUCUCACGGUAUAUUAUUAUUGACAUAUGCUGGUAUUGUAAAGUAUCACAAAGAAAUAAUGGCCAGAAAAUGGCAUUAUCUAAUUUUAGAUGAGGGGCAUAAAAUCAGGAAUCCAGAUACUCAAGUUAGCAAACUUAUAAAGAAAAUACAGACACCGCAUAAACUAAUUAUAACUGGUUCUCCACUUCAGAAUAGUUUGCAAGAGCUGUGGUCUCUGUUUGACUUUAUGAAACCAGGCCUUUUAGGAACAUACAAUACAUUUAUGAUACAUUUUGCUCAACCCAUUACCCAAGGAGGAUAUGCCAAUGCAACUGAAAUGCAAGAAGCAACUGCAUUAGAGAUAGCAAAAGCAUUAAAAAAUAUUAUAACACCUUACAUGUUAAGGCGUAGUAAAACUGAAGUUCAAGACCAUAUUAAACUACCUGAAAAAAAUGAGCAGGUCCUAUUUUGUGCACUGACAGUAGAACAAAAAGAUUUAUACUUGGGUUACCUUAUGGGUAGUACAGUAAGAAGUAUUUUAGACAAGGAAAAUAAAUAUGGCGAUCCUCUGAGAGCAAGAGUGUUGGUGGCCUUAACAACAUUACGAAAAAUAUGCAACCACCCAGACUUAUACCUUUAUGAAGCUCAAGAAGACUGUGAACAAGUUGAUGCUGACAAGUUUGGUCACUGGAAAAGAUCUGGUAAAAUGUCAGUAGUAAAUUCAUUACUUAAAAUUUGGCAAAAGCAAGGACAUAGGGCACUCAUAUUUACACAGUCAAGGGCUAUGUUGUGUAUUUUAGAACAAUAUUUGCAAAACCAAAAAUACAAAUAUUUAAAGAUGGAUGGAUCUGUUAGUGUUGGUCAAAGACAAAACCUAAUUAGGACAUUUAACGAAAAACCAGAAUACUUGGUUUUUCUAGCCACUACAAGAGUGGGAGGCUUAGGAGUAAACUUAACAGGUGCAGACCGAGUUAUUAUUUAUGACCCUGAUUGGAACCCAGCCACAGACGAUCAAGCUAAAGAAAGAGCUUGGAGAAUAGGUCAGGCAAGAAAUGUUACUGUUUAUAGGCUUCUUUCAGCGGGAACAAUUGAAGAAAAAAUCUAUCAAAGACAAAUAUUUAAACAUUUUCUAAGUAACAAAAUUUUACUAGAUCCCAAUCAAAAAAAUGUACUCAGUACAAGUACUUUACAAGGGCUUUUCUCACUGGAAGAGCCAAAUUUUGAAGGUGAUACUGAGACGGCUUCAUUAUUUAAACACACAAAAAUAAAUGUAAGUAACUCUAAAAACACAAAAGAUAAAACUCAUUCGAGAAAUGAUUUGCAUCUGAAAAAAUUAGAAGCAAUGAAAAAAAUGGCAAAAGCUAUAAGUAAAAAAAUAUCACAGGAUUCAGUGGAAUAUAAAAAUAAUGUUGAAGUGAAAGAUCCUAGAAUAGAAUACAAAAGAAAACAAGAUAUAUUGAGAGAUCCACCAGUAAUUGAAACACCUGAAAUUAAUUUAGUUGAUGACAAAGAGACAAAUGUCCCCUUUGAACAUGUGUUAUCAGAAUUAGAUAUAAUCAAUAUGCAUAUAAAAAAAGACUAUGAAGAAACUUUAAUCAAAAAUGUCUUGAAAAAUACAAAUCCAGAAGAGAAAGAAAUUGAUGAUGAUAUCGAGCCAUCUGAUACAAGUCAUAUUAAUAUCAAUGAAUCUUCCAAAGUUGUAACAUCCUCUUAUAAUGAUAAUUCAAAGCAAGUGUGUAAUAAAAAUAUUAAUAAUAUUAAAAAAGGCCAUAAAAGAAAGCACACCAGUUUGAUGGAUGAAAAAGUGGAAAAUUUAGUAACUGUUAAAAAAGUAAAAAAGAAAGUACAUAAAAGCGAAAUACAAUCAGGUAGUGAUGAUGACUAUGUUUUAAGUAAAUUAUUUGCUAAAGCAGCAGUAAAAAAUGCUUUGCAGCAUGAUGUAGUUGUGGGUUUAGCAGAAAAAGAAAAAAGACAUAGAAUGAAAGAAGAAGCUGAGAAAAAAGCAAAAGAUGCAGUUCGAGCUUUAAAGUUUUCUUCCACAUAAAAUUAGUUAAUUAGGCUAUAUUUUAAAUAUAAUUUAUCUUUCAAAAUAAAUUCGUUUUUAUAUUCGA